ACACUCCCUGCUUUACUUAACACUGACUUGUGAAGAUGGCGACAGCCUGCAGCCUUACUGCUUUAAUACCAGCUCAAACACAGUUGGACUACGCCCUGGUGGACGCUGUCUCUGUGCAGGAGAAGGAGAACCUGGUCUUUCAAUAUUUGAAGAAAAUAGACUGCAGGCAGCAGGACUUAAAGGUCCCUGAAUUCGAAGGAGGUUUGGAAUGGCUGAACACCAAGAGUCCCCUGUCAUUUGCGGAACACCUUUCAGGCAAACUGGUGGUGCUGGAUUUCUUCACUUACUGCUGCAUCAAUUGCAUGCAUGUGCUUCCUGAUCUCCAUGAGCUGGAACAACUGCACUCUGAUAAAGAUGGACUGGUUGUCAUUGGAGUUCACUCUGCGAAAUUUCCAAAUGAAAAAGUUCUGAGUAACAUCAAAAGCGCAGUGCUGCGGUAUAAUAUCACUCAUCCUGUUGUCAACGAUGCCGAUGCCAGACUUUGGCAGGAACUGGAGGUUUCGUGUUGGCCAACACUGGUCAUCAUAGGCCCAAGAGGAAACCUGCUUUUUUCUCUGGUUGGAGAGGGACACAAGGAGAAAUUAUUGCUUUUUGUACAAACAGCUUUAAAGUACUACAAUGACAAAAGAGAGCUGAAAUAUAACAGCAUAGGAUUAAAGCUCUACAGGGAUUCUUUACCUCCAUCCAUUUUGUCCUUUCCGGGUAAAGUAACAGUGGACCGCACAGGACAACGCCUCGUGAUAGCGGACACUGGACACCACAGGAUUCUUGUCGUCACGAAAGCUGGACAGUUACUACACACGGUCGGAGGUCCAUCCAGUGGAAGAAGAGAUGGUGGGUUUGCAGAAGCAGCUUUCAGUUCUCCUCAAGGAGUUGUAAUGAGGGAUGACACAAUUUAUGUGGCAGACACAGAAAACCACCUGAUACGAAAGGUUGACCUGUUGGAGGGGAAGGUCAGCACUGUAGCAGGAAUUGGAAUCCAGGGCACAGACAAAUGUGGGGGAGCUAUGGGACCACAGCAGCCAAUCAGCUCCCCAUGGGAUCUGGCCUUGGGCAGUGCAGGGGGAGAUGAGAAGAACAUUUUAUGGAUUGCUAUGGCUGGUACUCAUCAGAUCUGGGCACUGUUCCUAGAAGAUGGCAAACUUCCAAAAGGAAGUGAGUACAAGAAGGGGACCUGCGUCCGUUUUGCUGGAAGUGGAAAUGAGGAGAACAGGAAUAACGCCUAUCCUAACAAAGCAGGGUUCGCUCAGCCUUCUGGUCUGGCUCCUGCCCCUGAGGAACCUUGGAAUUGUAUUUUCAUUGCGGACAGCGAGAGCAGUACUAUACGGGCCAUCUCACUGAAGGAUGGAGCUGUGAAGCAUCUGGUGGGAGGAGAGAGGGACCCUUUGAACUUGUUUGCUUUUGGAGAUGCGGAUGGCACAGGAAUAAAUGCUAAACUACAGCACCCACUUGGCGUGGCCUGGAACACACAGAAAGGAGUUCUUUAUGUAGCCGACUCCUACAACCACAAGAUUAAAGUUGUCGACCCUAAAACAAAGCAGUGUGUCACUCUGGCUGGCACAGGCGAAGCAAGUAACAGCCUUGGUCCGAACUUCUCUCAGUCUACAUUUAAUGAGCCAGGGGGUCUUCACGUGGGAGAGAAUGGAAGAGUCCUUUAUGUAGCAGACAGUAAUAACCACCAAAUAAAGAUCCUGGAUUUGGAGACCCAAAUUGUAUCAGUGCUGCCUAUUUUAGUUGAUGAUGUAGUGGAUGCUCCAGUUAACAAAUCUACAGCUCAUGGAAAGAUACCAAAGCUACCCAAAUCCACCCCACAGAUUGAGAUGUCUCCUAUUGUGGUUACUCCUGGCCAGAACAUUGAGAUUGAAUUAUCUCUGACACUCCCAUCUGGAACAAAACUCACCAAGGAAGCACCCAGUUUGUGGACACUGUCAGCAGAAGGCAAUGAUUGGCUCCUUCAAGACCAGCGCUCAAGCGGAGACAUAGUGGACCUUUCACAGCCUCUAGCAAUAUCAGCGACUGUCCCAUCCAGCAUACCAAUACCUAACCCUGUCCUGCUAGUUGGUGUAUGUCUCUAUUACUGCAGCUUAAAUGACAACACUUGUAUGAUGAAGGCUGUCUCAUUCAGGCAACCUUUGCAAAUGGAUAACAAAAAGGAAGGUAACACAGCACAAAUAGUGCUCUGUUAUGCCUUUAAUUAAUGGUUCUGCUCUCAAACAAGGUUUUCUCAGGUACAACCAUUUACCGUUUUUGCUGUUGUUAAAUGUUACCAAGAGAAGAGUGGCUUGUCUUUGAGCAUUACGAUUACCAAUAAACGGAUUUUCUAGGAUGUAACAUGGUAUGAACAUAAACUUCCUACUCCCUGCAAUGGUAAGCCAUUUUGUUAGAGAUUUAGCUCAGAGUGAUGCAGUCCUAUUUAAAGGUCUGUGUCUCUUCUGUGGGACAUAGACUAAAAAGUACACUUGAGUACUCACAGAGAUUUAUUCAGAUUUGUUAUAUAUCUUACUGGUUCAUCUCAUAAUUAUGGAGAGUUUAUGAAAAUCAUUGCACCAUAGCAUGCCGUCUCUAGUGAGACCCGGAAACCAGAUAGCUUUGAAUUAACUUCUGAUAGGAAAAGAAGCUUCAUAAUUGCAAAGCUUGAGGAGUGAUGCACACAUAUUUUGCAAUUGAAGAGUUCAAACAGGAAACACUUAAAUAUUUGAUUAAAAAUAAAAUUAAGUUUUCAAAACUUGUUUUACUCCUUCAUCACCCCUUGUUUUUUUUUUUCUGUGUGAACUGUCUCAGAGGAUCUUGUUAAGCAGUGUAAGACCAGUGUGUUCCCCAUCACAGCAGGAUAAAUGAAGGUAAUCAAAGGGAAGCGAAUCUUUGAAAAUUACAGUGAAAUUAAAUUUUGUUCUGCCUGUAUUACCAGCAGUAGACAUGCUGUAGUAAAACCUGACCUGAUAUUUGAGCCUUUAAGUUAUCUUUUUGCAGAGCUAUUCUGGGGAACACUGCAAAGGGAAAGACAGACCCACGUUGCUGUAUCACACAAGUUUACUUACCUGUUGUCUUUCAAAACAUCUGUUGCUUUCAGUUACCGUGUUAGUAGACCUAAGAUAGAUGCUUUGUAUUAUAUUUUUGAUUUUUGGCUUUACAUUUGUGAGAGGUGAGAGGUGCAUGUAAACAUCACAUUAGCAACUGAAUUAUUUUCAUUCUUGAUUUUUAUUUAGACUCUUUAAUUUGUUUAGAAUAUGGGCAUAUGUAUUAACUUGUACAUGUAUUUAACAAUUUAAUAUCAAGUUUGAAACCAAACAGUUUACAAUGAUUCAGAAUUACAUUUUACAACAUUUUUUUCAUUUUUUGGAAUGUUCACAUGGGUAUCAGCAUAAUACUGUGUUUAUGUAGUGCACAGUAAAUAAAAUGUCCAUCUUUUCAGUUGUUUUAUAGAGGUGACAUUUAUAACCUGGAUUAAUUUUUAUUAUAUGUAUAUUUAUAUGUUAGUGCAUUUCAAAAUAUGAGACCAAGCUCAGGUUCUACAAAACAAAUAGCAAUAAGCUUUUUUUUUUUUUUACAAAAGUUCACUUCAGUAUCAGGUAAUACCAGUGCUGUUAUUAUGUAUCAGGUAAUACCAGUGCUGUUAUUAUUCCAAAUUACUUGUAUCUGAAUUAAACAAGAAUUUGGUUUGUAUGUGUAUAACUUUAAGGUAAAUAUAUUUGCCAUUAUAAUAAAAGUUCAUCAAUAGUAAAAUGAAGAUACAAACAGCUUAUGUGAAUUUAAAGCAAAAGUUCCUGUGCUUUGUCUUGCCUUUUGCACAUAUUAAGUGUAAACUGUGUUUCUUACAGGUACCCAAGGCUACAGUACAUUGUUAUUCACUGGUGCACUAAUGCUGAUGUAUACCAGAGCACUUAUAGUUGCACUUUCUUCUCAAAAAAUAUUUUUCUAACAUUAUAAUGAUGUUAUAAUAUAUAUAUAAUAUAAUAUGUUUCUUACC